CAUCAAGCCAAAUCCAGUAUUGAUCCGGGAACACAGAGCCUCGCCUCUCCAAGACCGCAUCGCCUCCCGACCGCCAACCUUCUCCCGCUACCGCGAGAUGUCCGCCGCCUCCAAUUUCCCGAUCAUUUUCCACCCGUGCUUUCCGGUGCGCGCGUCCCCUCCGCCGUCAGAUCGAAGCGCGACCCGGAGUGCGCGCGUCGUCGCGCAUGCCCCACGUAUAGCCCCUAACCGGCGCGCUCUGCCACCCCCAGCUGCACUACUGCCCUUCUUACGGUAAGGGCGUCUCGACACUCUGCUGCUGCUACCGACCAGCCGUCAAAAUGGCCGACAAGAAGAGUAACGUCAAUGAAUUCUACACCAGACCGCCUCCGAUGAGCGGGUGGGACAGCUUCAAGCAGUUCUUAUGGAAUUCGGAAACCGGACAGUUCCUCGGGAGGACCGGGGCUAGCUGGGCCAAAAUACUCCUGUUCUACGUGAUUUUCUAUGCAGUACUAGUAGGUUUCUUCUCCGCAAUGUUGGCUGUGUUCUAUACAACCUUAGAUAUGAAGACACCUAAGUGGCAGCUAGACAGUUCGCUUAUUGGAAGCAAUCCAGGUUUAGGAUUUAGGCCUAUGCCUCCAGAAAGCAACGUAGAAAGUACCUUAAUUUGGUACAGAAGUAGCGAUACGGGAAAUGUACAGUACUGGCAAAGGGAAAUCCUAAAAUACCUCCAAACUUACAAGAGGGAAAACAACCCUUACUACGACACGAACGUCGUCAACUGCGACAAGAACCCUCCAGAACCGGGUAAGGUGUGCGACUUCAAAGUUGAAGGAUCGGACUGGUUCGCCUGCUCGGAACAGCAAGGUUUUGGAUACAACCAGUCCACGGGUGGACCUUGUAUAAUUCUUAAGCUCAAUAAGAUUUAUAAUUGGGUACCUGACUAUUAUAAUUCUACCAAUCUUCCAAAUCAUAUGCCAGAACAUUUGAAAAAUGACAUCAGAGAAGCUGAAAGCAAGAACGAGCAUCGAAUGGUCUGGAUAACCUGCGAGGGUGAGAAUCCUGCCGAUAAAGAAAACAUCGGCCCCAUCCAUUAUAUUCCGAAGAAAGGAUUCCAGCCACAAUUUUUCCCGUUCAGGAACCAAGAUGGAUACAUGAGUCCGCUGGUGGCAAUUCACUUCGAAAAUCCGAGACGUAGCGUCCUGAUCAACAUCGAAUGCAAGGCCUGGGCUAGGAACAUCCACCACGACCGCGUAGACAGAAGAGGCUCGGUCCAUUUCGAGCUGAUGAUCGAUUAAGUGCGGCCGAUCGUUGCGCGCGGCUCCAACAACUGCCAUCAAACAAUAGUCCGGGUGCUGCUGCUAAAGAUGGAGGUUACAGACGAACUUUCAGUCGUUACCGUCGGCGGAACGUACUCUCGCAUCACGGGCCAAUCAAACUCUCCGUUUUAUCAGUUUCACCAAUCAAAUCAUCUCACGUCGCAUCGACACGCUAGCUCUGUCUAGCCGGCAAACUGUAAGGUCGCUGGGUCGAACGAUGGUGAUCGAGAUCGGUUAAGCCACGUCUACACUUUGUUAUCUAGGCGUUAUUUGUGUUGGAGUGUCUGUUUCAAGUUAAAAUGCCAGUUUCUUUUAGAAUGUCUCAGGAAAGUUGUUAGUAAUAUAGAUAUUGACACGGUCCGGUUUGAAAAUCUGCAUUACGCGUUAGGGAAAGAGCCUUGCGCCCUAAUAAUGAGUUAGCACAGUUUAUGGUUUGAUAUUUGAUUGGGAUGCUCUAGUUCUUGAAAAUUAUAGGCCAGUCGUUUUAAGGCUGCUAUCUUGAUUUCACGUUAAGUAAAAGUCUACAAUGUCACUAAAUGAACUCAACGAAGGGUUUGAUUGACCCGUGUGAUAGAAAGACGGCGGUCUAGGUAGAUUUUAGUUUCAAAAAUUAGUUGACAGACCCUAGCAGUUUGGAAUUUUAACUCUGCCAUUUCACUGUUAGAUAAAGUAAUUAAGUAAAAUAUGAGUUCAUAGGUCGCUUUUGGCCACGAUCGUGUCGUUUAUCAGUGGUCAGUGACGUCACAAAGUUAGGAUCGCACGAAAAAGGAACAGAAACGGAAGUGAUCUUAGUAACUAACCGAAUCCCUUUCAACCUCAUGAAUGCUGAAGUGUUUGCUCGUCUGUCAUUAUCUGUAGCCGAGAUUGAGCAGUUGAUAGGGGAACGUAGAUGUGACGUCACUGCGCGUAUACAUAUAUAUGUAAUUAAAACCGUUCACGCGUUUUUCAUUUCGUACUGCUGGAAUAUCGCGCAUCACAAUAAAGAAGAAUAUUAUUAUUGUUGUUACUCAAAUAAACUGUAUACUGUAUGAAAUAUUUUUCGGGCCGGUCCUCUCAACUUGAGGGGACAUGUCCUCUUCGUGUUGUGAUAGAGGGAGAAUGUGUUAUAUUGUGAGGGAUAACGUAUUUUGUACGUACUCCAUUUUCUUACGAAAUCCUGAAUCCGAUAUGCCCCCCAAGCUACAAAAUCUCUGAGGAGUUAUUCUGGUCAACGUUAUAGUUGGCAUUGCAACGAUUUUCUGAAAUAUUUUCCCAUUCCACGAAGAAAUCAUGAAUGUAAGAAAUUAAAGAAUCAGUGACAGAAUAUAUGAUAAUAUUUUGACAAUAAGACACCUGUUAGUAAGCAUAGAAUAAUGAAAUUAAAAGUAUGGAACUAAAUGAAAAAACAAAUUAGUGGAGCUUCAUUUUGGUUGUCAGAAAGCAGAACAUUUACCAAUAAAGAAAGUAGGUCACUUAAGGCAUAUGCUUAAAUACAAACACACUUAAAAAUUGGAGACGUUACAAAUUAAUUUAUCUCUCAUUUUUUUGUAAAUAUGGUUUUGUUAUCAUGGUGGCUAUUUACGUUAAUACUGCAAAAGUUUUCGUAGAAUGUUAAAUAAAGAACGAAUGUCACUAUUUACUUUUGUUUUGAUGUAUUAAGCUACGAAAAUCUAAAACGAGUAUUACGUCGAUAUGUCACCAAGGCAGGGUGUCCGAAAUGUUUCCCGUAUAAAACUACUUUGUCCAAAAGCAUUGCUUGGCUCUUACAUAACUUUUGGAAGUGCCUCCUUGAAGACUAGUUUUCAUCUAUUUCAAAAAAUAUCAUUUCUCACUGAAUCUUUGAAAUGUUAUCUUGACCAUUGGAAUUUUAUGAAGUAAAGUUGAUAAUAACGAAUAUUUUGUUACAAGUUGGAGCAUAGGACACUCUGUGUACAUAUAUAUUUUAGAUUUAAAUAGGAAACUUCAUGUGUCUUUUUUUCCUCUAGCGGUAAGCAGUAAAUUUAUUUUAAAAAUAAUUUUAACAGAAUAAUUCUAUAAAGAUCAACCCUACGUGUUAAGCACUGUUACAUAUGCUAUAUAGUUCUGACGCAGAACAGUGAGUAAAAGUAUGCAAAAAAUUAAAUAAAAUAUUGUUAUAAAUAGACUACUUACAUAAGUGUUACCUGUAAUUUAGAGUCUAGAAAUACUUAAUAUCUAUUGAUUAGAUAAACCAAGAUCAGAAUUAAGAUUUUUAAUGAAUAAAUGCAAUCCCCGUUUGAAAAAAGUAUUUUGCAUAUCAGAUGGGUCAGUCACAAAAGGUAUUUCAGAAAAUAUAACAAACUUGUUUGAAUUUGAAACUUGUUGUCGUACUCUUGUAAGAUUUGAGGAAAACAAGUUCAAAAAUCAAGAAAAGGUCAAAGUGUGACAGCAAAGAGAUCCUUAAUUUAUGGAGUACGCUAUCAAGUGAGGUCUCCCGCAUGAACAUUGGAAAUAAGUAGGUUAUAUUUUGCGAAAAUACGUCAAAUAUAACCAAUACCAUUGAAAAAGGGAGUAUGUUGAUAUUUCUUAACAUACGCACAAUUUUCUGAUAAAAUUACAAUAUCAUAAUUUGAUUAAAAGUGGAUAGAUGUGACAUAUAUGUUCAAAAUUGAAGUGGAUUGUAGAAGUGCUUAUCGAAAAACCCUUGUAAAUAAGAAAUUCAACAUUGUCCCUACGUUAUCUGUAUCUGACCCAAAAUGAGUGAAAUUUCCAUCUCUUUAAAACCUUUUCAAAAUAACAAUAUACUUGGUACGAGAACCAACCAUAAUUCAAAGUUGCCCAUUCUUAGAAAAUACAUACGAUUCGAAAAUAACUGUUGCCGUCAACAUCAAGUCAUAAAAGUACUUACUGAUCAUGGUGAUAGAGAGAGUAUAUCUUGACGAAUGGGUUACACAAAAAUCUAAGGCAAAAAUAGCAAAGCUCCUACAAGGGGAAACAGUUUUUGGUUUUGCCUAGAUAGUAACGUUGCAUGACUUGUGAAAAUAUUCUAGUAAUUACUUUUAUGGUUUUAGAAUUGAUUAGCGUGUUCCAGAUGAAGGUAUCCAGCCACAUACUGAAGUCAAGCGCCUGAAAAAGGAGUAUGAAAGCCCCUAUCGUCAUCUAUGAGACAUCAGCAUAACACAUCUGUGAAUUUAGAAAUCUACUUGGAAAGGGGUUAAGUGUUUGAUUCUGCUACUGUCUCAUAGACAGUGGUAGAGUCUUCAAUCCCGUUUUGGUGCCUGUCUAAUAAUUUCAAUUGCGUAUUUCCAGGCAUUGACUAACCUGAAUAACAAAUUCAAAUAGGCAUCAGACAAAUCCUAGCGCUAUCUAUGAAAUAGUAGUAGAACUAAACACUGACUGUUUUUUGAAAGUAGAUUCCUAAAUUCGGUUUUGUGCUCUGUUACGUUCUAGACGCUAGGAUCUUUCAUGCCAAUUUUUAGGCACCGGAAUGCAGUUUAUGGUUGGAUAGCUUUAGGUAAAAUGCGUUAUUCAAGGAGUUUAGAUGAUUUCGUUUUGCUUCUUAUAAGCGCCUAGAACAAUACGUCACGGUAGAAUAGUGUUUUCUUUUCAACCAAUAUAUUGGACAAUUGCAUUUACGAAGGCAAAGCUGGUGUUUUCAAUGGUAUUUUCUUUCGCUAAGCAAGUUACUGUCACAUUGUUGUUCCGCAAUGUAAUAUAUACGAAAGUGAUUAUAUUAGUUCGUAAUGAUCUUAAAUGAAUAUAUUUCAAUGGUCUAAUGGUCGGGCACAGUCUGUCUUAAAAAAAUGUGCAUCUAAAUGCACUUUUUUAAAUAAUAAUUUGAGUACCUACAUGCUUUAAUAUAAUUUUUUUAAAAAAGUAAAUAGCGGUUCUAACACAAA